CUUCUUUAAUAAUAUUCUUCCUUGAAUAUUAAUUAAUUCCUACUCUUAUUUCAUAUUAAUAUUUUGAACAUUACUUAAAGGAUCAAUUAGUUUUGUUUCAUAUAUUAAUUAUUACUAGAAACGAUCAACGAACCGAUGGUUAAUCGUUGAUGGUUUCACAAGUAAGUAACUUCGGUUUAUUAAUGCACGGUCGUGGUUAAUAAACUUAAGAGGGAUUAAUUUUGUUGGUUAAAUCGAAACCGCUUGUGUUGAGGUUAUCAAUCUCAAUUGAUUUCAUCAAGGAGUUAGAAAGAUUAAAUGCUACUAUUAAAUCGGUAUACGGCAUUGUUCUAUAUUUGAUUAAUAGUAAGGGUUAUUAAUGAACGGUCGUUGUUAAUAACUACCCUCGAUGAAGUGGAUAUACUCCCCGAUUGAGUAUUCGAGAGGGAAUAAGUUAUAGAUAUAACAAUGAUCGACUAAAAUAUAUCAACAAGUGGAAAGUAGCAAUGCCAAGUCCUUUUUAUCUUUGAAUUAAACACAUAUAGGUUGUUCAUCUUAGUUUCUUAAUUGAAUUAAAUCACUCAAAACCAAAACCCCCCUUUUUAAUUACUAGUUUCAUAGAAAGAAAAUCAUUCCUUUCCCUGUGGAUACGAACUCUACUACGCUAUACUACGUAUAAGUGUUUAGUAUUGAAAUUAUUUUGACGCACCGUGACAAAGUGCUCGUCAAAUUUGGCGCCGUUGUCGGGGAAAGGCAAUUAUUUUUCUUUCUAUUUUAUUUCAAAGAAAAAUAAAAAAAAAUUAUAUAUAAAGAUUUCUAUUUUGGCUGAGCUUUGUUUGAGUAUAUGGUUAAACACCGAUCUAUAAACCAAAUCACCUACCAAACAAAGCCCGAAACAGAACAAGCCUUCGAGAGGUUCAGGAAUCUAUUUCCGAAUACUUCUUCGGAGGAAUCAUCAAGUGCUAGUUCUCAUUCUAGUGAAUCCGAAGAGUCCUUUCACAUGGCUCUUGAAACAAGAACGUUAAGGGAGCUAACGGCUCCGAAUCUAAAUCAACAACCCUUAUGUAUCACUUUUCCAACUCUUGAUACGGGGGUCACAUUCGAGCUAAAAUCUGGGCUCAUUCAUCUACUUCCCUCUUUCCAUAGCUUACGAGGGAAGAUCCAAAUAAACACCUGUCAGAGUUCCAUAUUGUGUGCACAAGCAUGUGCCCUAAUGGCGUGUCCGAGGAGCAAAUCAAGCUGAGAGCCUUCCCAUUCUCUCUCAAAGACACCGCCAAAGAUUGGUUAUUUUAUCUUCCCUCGGGGAGCAUCAAUACAUGGGCUCAAAUGAAGAAGAGCUUCCUUGACAGGUACUAUCCCGCAUCUAUCUCUUCAAGUCUCAAGAAGCAAAUCAGCAACAUUGAGCAAGCAGACAAUGAGACCUUGUAUGAAUAUUGGGAGCGCUUUAAAAAAUUAUGUGCUAGUUGCCCAUAUUAUGGAUAUUCAGAACAAGAUCUCAUCCUCUACUUCUAUGAUGGACUUGUUGAUCAAGAUAGACGCAUGGUGAAUGCGGCAUGCGGAGGGGGUAUUGUCAACAAAACCCCUUCUCAAGCAAGAGACCUCAUUUCGGAGUUGGCCGAAAACUCGAGACAUUACAACGGAAGGUCAUCAUCGAGACGAGUCAUGGCAGCGGAAUCCAUAAAUAUACUAAAUUGAAAAAUUAAAACUUAACCAGUUUUGACUUUACCCGUGUGGCUAAAUAAUCUCAAAAUAAUACAUUUUACUUCAAGUAGCUUUUCAAUUCAUUUAAUAAUAAUAAAAAAUCAACUCCUUGAAAAUCUCAAAAGUUUAUAAUCACAACUAACUCAAUUUGGUAUGAGCUUAUAAACAAGUUUCAAUAUAAAAUCAUUAAUAUCUAUUAGUCCAUAUUCAUAUGUAAUACAACUCCUUUAUAACAUUUGUGUAUUAACCUUUAUUUACCGGGAAUAAGAUGGAAUGGAUCAAAAUAAAUAUUUCGAAACAUGUAAUAUCGUUUCGUUCGUAGUGGCUAGUUCAAUUUAUUUCCUAUUGCUCAAAUUAGUUAUUUUAAUGUAUUUCAAAAUGUACAAUAUCCUUAUUAAGAUUUUGCUCUUUAAUUGAGUUGUUAAUAUCUCGUAAUUUUAUUUAUAACAUGUGGAGCGAUAUAAAUAUAACGGAUUGUUUGAUCAAUUCGCAACCAAGUGGAAAAUUCCGGAUUGGGAGUUUGACGGUUAAGAGCAUCUAUGGAAUAAGUAGGUGGUACCUGAAUGGAGCCAUCAACCAUGCCAAGGAGAGCUUGGGACAACAGAAAUGAUUCGAACUAUGUCCACCAAGUAGUGUAGUCUUCCACCACCAAAAGUUUGGUAGUUACUAUAUUUGUGACAUUGGUUGCCACAUGAGAGAUGGUUUGAGCAAGAUCCGUGAGGAGAGUCCCGGUCGGGCUGGCUGUUGGUGUGCGAGACGGGAGCAUGACGGAGGAGACACCAGGUGAGCCGACGAACGUGGGGCCAGCAAAGGUAGGGCCGGCUGAGAGGGGCGGCAGCUCUAGAGGGACAGGCUGCACGGGAAUUGGAGCGGACCAGAGGAACACUGACGGAACAUUCUGAAACAGAGAAUAUGGCAUAGAGACCCGGGUUGGUGAAGUAAAGUUGGAGGAGAAAGUCACACCGGAAGAAACUGACGUUGGUGCCGGCAGCGAUCCAAUGGACGGAGGAGCGCCGGGGGUGAUGACGGUCGUGGGCGCUGCCGUGGAGGCGUGCUGGGCCGAGGUUGCCGUCAUGCUGAAGGCUGCGGAAGCGGAGGUCGACAUGCUGCAGCGGCUGGCUAGCGGCGCCGAAGAAGUACGGGCGGCGGCGGCGCUUGGGUUUAGUGAGAGAGAGAAUCGAAAAAAAUUAAUGUGCUCUUAAUAGCAUGUGAGAAUAAUGGAAAGGUUGCUUCCUAAGAAGUCCUGACAAAUAUAUUUAUAUUAAAGAGAGUUUAAUGUAAAGUACAAUAUUAAGUCUCUAAUGAUUCUAUUACACACAAGUCUACUUUCUUGUCGAUUGUCUGAAAUUACUAAUUCCAGGCCAUAAUGAGCUGAAUAGUCCCUAGUGAACAUGGCCAGAGUUUAUUAGAUUGGAGUAGAGUUUUAAGGUGCACAUAUAUAUAAUAAAUCUUUCUU